AUGUUUAAGCAAGGGAUAGAACCAGUCCAAAGUCUUUACAUUGAUGCUGACGACAAGAACCCAAAUUCAACUGUUAUAAGUCUUGCCCAGCCUGAUCUUGGGUUGCCUUCAAAGGAGUACUAUGAAGAUCAAGAAGCCCUGAAAAAAUAUCAGUCAGGCCUCGUGUCUAUCCUCAAACGCAUCCUAGGCCCUACAAGCCUAAAUCUAGCCAAAGCAAAAGAGCUUGACCUAAACAUUUUGACCGAUGUAGAGAUUGACACACUUGUCUCCAACGCCAUCGAAUUAGAAACUUCAAUUGCCAAUUCCAUGGUGAAGUCCCAGGAUCUCCUAGACCCCGUGGCAACUUACAACCCUGAAUCUAUCAGUAGUCUUCAGCAAUCCUACCCAUUUCUUGACUGGACCGCAUUUUUGGAAGAGUUCUUGCCUCCUGGAGAGCCAUUGCCUCCGGCAAUUAUAGUUACCUCGCCAGUCUAUCUCCAGCGACUCACUGGCUUACUCCAAAACACGCCUAAACAAAAAUUGAGAGACUAUUUUGUGAUGCGGCAUGCAAUUUCCAAGGUGUAUGCACUCGAUAAAGACACUAGAACCCUCCUACAGGAAAUGCGUGGUUCCAUAUUUAGUGGAACCACAAAACUACCCCCGCGAGCUCAAGUGUGUACUAAAUCGACUAGCAGCACUUUUGGCUUUCUAGCUGGGCGCUAUUUUGUUCUCAGGGCAUUUGGUGGAGAAUCAGAGCGUGCUCAGGUAGAAAAGUUUGUUGACCUGAUCCAAUCUUCUUGGCUGAAGAGGCUGCCUGAAUUGGACUGGCUCGAUGCACAGACACGGUCAAGAGCUAUCAGCAAGAUGUCAAAAAUUAAGCACAAGCUUGGAUACAGUAUUAAAUCCCCCGACAUCAGAUCCGAUGAAAAUCUCAAGGAGUAUUAUCAAAACAUAAACAUCACAACCACCUCUUUCUAUGACAAUGAGAAUUCUGCCACCGCCUGGGAGUUGGCUGACAUAUGGAGCAGAAUGGGAAAACCUAUUGACAAGGCACGUUGGAUGAUGGAUGCUCAAGAGGUCAAUGCAUAUUACACACGCACAGGAAAUGAAAUCGUUGUACCAGCUGGUAUCUUGCGUGAACCUUUUUACGAUCCAGAUGUACCGGAUUAUCUAAACUAUGGAGGCAUUGGUAUGGUUAUUGGCCAUGAAUUUUCCCAUGCCUUAGACAAUGCCGGAAGAAUGUUCAAUGGAGACGGUCAGCUCGAACAAUGGUGGACCAAUUCAACACUAAAAUCAUUCGAGACUGCAGCGCAAUGUUAUGUAAAGCAGUAUGAUCAGUGGACCAUCGAAGGCCAAGAUAAAAAGCAGCAUCCUGUUAAUGGCAACUUAACUCUUUCCGAGAAUUUGGCUGAUAAUGGUGGACUUUCUGUAGCCUACAUGGCUUAUCAGCAAUUGGCUUCCAAUGCUUCUCUGCAAACAGCUACUUCAAACAAUGUUAACAUGCGUUUGCCAGGUCUGGAGCAGCUUUCUCCAGAAGCGUUAUUUUUUGUCAACUUUGGAAGAGUCUGGUGUAAUAAAAAGAGACCUUCCAUGGCAGAACAGCUGCUCCUCACGGAUGUUCAUUCACCAAACAGGGUCCGCGUAAACGCAGCUAUACAAAACUCUGAAGAAUUUGCAAGGGUUUUCCAAUGUCCCGCAAACAGCCCUAUGAACCCUAUCCCUAAAUGCCAACUGUGGUAA